CGCGGCCUGCCACCGGCACACAAGCCUCCCCGUUACAAGAUGUGAGUGACGGUGACAGCGUCUGGUGGAGUUCCUACUGGGAAGUGACAGCAGAAGCCCCGGAUACAGGACUUCCAGGGUUACAGAGGGGCUACGGGUAGCGGGCGGGUUCACAAAGCAGGGUAGUUGUUUAAAUGUGUAGUUGUUUAACUCUUUAGGUUCCUGUUGGGUCUGUUUCCCCAUCCAGGAAGUGUAAGUAGCUGUAGGGCUGCCAGAUCUACUUAUACACGUGCUAUAGUCCCAUCUGUAGGCAUCACUAGAAUAUAUAUAUAUAUAAUAUAUGUGUAUACACUUGUGUAUUUAAUUCCCAUAGUAUUUAAAUCAAGGGCAAGAUAACCCUAUCAUUUCCUUCUAGCACUAGACUAGACUAUUAACAUAGGGCAGUUAUACAGGAUGAGUAUUGUCAUUAAGUUCACUGUGUAGUCUGGUAGCUGCAGGUUAUUCUAUAGAUAUUAGAUAUUAUACGUACUGCCCCCAUCAUGAUUCAGGUUUGCCCGUCCCCCGUCACCCGCUCUGCCGUGUUAAAACGGGUGGCGGCGCUGGCAUUGGCGGCUUACGGGGCCCGGAGGAUUUACCCAUCGCUGAGACGCCUUUGCCUUCAGCUACAAAACGACCCCAAGGCUAACGGGCUCCCGAGAAGCACAGAGGAAUCGUCGUCUUCCCCGAAUUCAUACGAGAGAACUGCGGUGAACAGAGCCUUUUUCCGCAGGUUGGCCCGCCUCUUGCGCCUGCUGUUCCCUAAGCUGGCGUGUAAAGAGUUUGGGCUGUUGUUAUUGCAUUCGGCUGCCCUCAUCUCUAGGACGUUUCUGUCGGUGUAUGUGGCCCAACUAGAUGGACGCUUGACCAGGGCUAUAGUCAAGAAACGACCAGCCAGUUUUGUGUGGCAGCUCCUCAAGUGGCUCCUUAUUGCUCUUCCAGCAACCUUCAUCAACAGUGCCAUCCGUUACCUUGAGGGCCAGUUGAGCUUGGCCUUCCGAACCCGAUUGGUUGCCCAUGCUUAUCGAUUAUAUUUUGGCCAGCAAACCUAUUACAGAGUCAGUAACAUGGAUGGACGACUGCGCAACCCUGACCAGUCAUUGACUGAGGACGUAGUGGCCUUUGCCAACUCAGUGGCCCAUUUAUACUCUAACUUGACCAAACCUGUGCUGGAUGUGGUGGUGACCACGUACACUUUGAUCAGUACGGCCAAAUCAAAAGGGGCUAACACAGCCUGGCCGUCAACUAUCGCUGGACUUGUAGUCGUCAUCACCGCCAAAGUGCUCAGAAGCUGUUCCCCGAAGUUCGGCAAACUGGUAGCCGAGGAGGCGCGCCGCAAAGGAGAACUUCGCUACAUGCAUUCAAGGGUGGUUGCCAAUUCAGAAGAGAUCGCUUUUUAUGGGGGUCACAAGGUGGAGAUGUCCCUCCUAAGGAAGUGUUAUGAAGAUCUAUCCUCGCAAAUUAACCUUAUCCUCCUGGAGAGGCUGUGGUAUGUGAUGCUGGAGCAGUUCCUAAUGAAGUAUGUGUGGAGCGCGUCGGGUUUGGUUAUGGUCGCUGUGCCCAUCAUUACGGCUACAGGCUAUGCUGAAACUGAUUCAGAGGAGGUGAAAAAAGCUGCAAUGGAGAUGAAAGAAGAGGAGCUGGUGAGCGAUAGAGCCGAAGCCUUUACCACAGCUAGAAACCUGCUGACAGCAUCUGCUGAUGCCAUAGAGAGAGUCAUGUCAUCCUACAAAGAGGUGACGGAGCUGGCUGGCUACACGGCAAGGGUUCAUGAUAUGUUUGAGGUAUUUGAAGAUGUGCAUAAAGGCAUCUACAAACGACCCGGAGAGUUUGGAGAAGCCGAGUCCAAGAACAGGGACGUCAUUCAACAUGGAAUUCGUAUGGAAGGGCCACUCGAGAUAAAAGGGAAAGUGGUGGACGUGGAGAAUGGGAUCAUAUGUGAGAACAUCCCGAUCGUCACUCCUACAGGAGAUGUUGUUGUGGAGCGUCUAAAUAUUCGGGUAGAGGAAGGAAUGCAUCUUCUGAUCACCGGACCCAACGGCUGUGGGAAAAGUUCGCUGUUUAGGAUUUUGGGUGGUCUCUGGCCUGCGUACAAAGGUGUCUUGUAUAAACCCCCUCCACAGCAUAUGUUCUAUAUCCCACAAAGACCGUACAUGUCCGUGGGAACACUGCGGGAUCAGGUUAUAUACCCAGACACAGCCGAGGACAUGAGGCAGAAAGGCUUCACUGACAAGAACAUGGAGGCCAUCCUUAACAUAGUGAAUUUGAAUUAUUUGGUGCAAAGAGAAGGAGGCUGGGACUCCGUGAGCGACUGGAAGGAUGUGCUCUCCGGCGGGGAGAAGCAAAGAGUCGGCAUGGCUAGGAUGUUUUAUCACAAGCCCAAAUAUGCCCUCCUGGAUGAGUGCACAAGCGCGGUGAGCAUAGACGUAGAAGGCAAGAUCUUCCAGGCUGCAAAGGAUGCUGGGAUAGCUCUGCUGUCAAUCACUCACAGGCCUUCUCUUUGGAAGUACCACACCCACCUGCUGCAGUUUGACGGGGAAGGAGGCUGGAAGUUCGAGAAACUGGACACAGCAGCCCGACUGUCGCUCACCGAGGAAAAGCAGCGGCUGGAGCAGCAACUGGCGGGCGUUCCCAAGAUGCAGCAUCGACUGAGCGAACUCUGCCACCUCCUGGGGGAAGAUUCCGAAGUAGCUGACGCCGAAGGAAUUGUCAGCUCUGAACAGGAUGAGUAAGGACUCUGCUCGCUUACGCAGUUAGUGGGUUACGCCAUUUCUGUUGACCCCACUGUUCAGCGGGUACAACCGUUAAACCUAUUAUCUGUAGUACUGUCACACCUUCAAGAAGGCCCGUGGAGUUCAGCGUGUAUAAUGCUGACUCCAUAAUAGUGCCACAUUGUUGCGGGCUCCUAUAGAAGAAGUAAAUACAUGCACUUUUUGGUGACUGAAUGUGUUCUUGCUGUUGCUGGGUCAGCUCUACGCAGGCCACCUUCUCCCUGUGAUUGUAGCGCGCCUUAGUUAUUAGCCCAGCUAAUGUGAAUGAAGUGCUCUUGCCAUGUGUACAGGUUCCCUGUGUGUGACACUUAUACUGCAGGAAAAGGAUAUUAACCGCCUCACUGCCAAGGCCAGCUUCCCUUAGAUCCAUAUCUCAUAUAAGGCUGACGGGUGACUCGUUGUCUUGAGAAUCCUGGACAGCCAAGAUGGGCAGUAGCAGAUCUGGUGCUAUAGUUAAUCAUGUAGGUAUACAGUAAUCUUCAGUUAAAAUCACACACACACAAUCACCUUGUUGUUAUGAAUGAAGCAUCUUUGCUUGGCUAAUGAUGCUGGGCUCCUCUUUACUAUAUUUUGGCCUAUCCGAGUUUCCAGACAGUUGGAUUCUACAAACUGCAACAUCGAAAAGGCUGUAGGUUGGCCAUUUCUGACAUAUUCAUUGAAUCAUAUUUAUGUCACGUGACACGAGGACUCUGAGAAACAUUGGCGUUAAAUGCUGAAAAUUCCAGUGGGGACGGGAGGUGCCAGUAAAUGAUUUGGCACAUUGACCAUGCACUGGCAGUAAUUCAGGGCAAUUUGUUGAGUUGUAUAAGAAGAAACAGUAGGCAAUACAGUAAUUGGAAGCUCCUCUGAAUUGUACUAUGUAGAUGUUGCUUUCUGCUCGUCAAAGACUAGAGGCACAUGGCCAGACCACCCUGCAUGGUUAUAGAUAAUAUUGCUAGCUAAAAAAUCCAGGAAUUUUGGGAACAGCAAUACAGUCAGACAGAGCAGAGAUCCAUAACUUAUAUGAAUGGCAUGCUUCAGUGGUGUUCAUGUCCUUCCUAAGCAAACUGAAUACCAGAAAUAGUCCCUGUGUCUGAAAGGCAGUGCUUCCUCAUCAUCUUCCUCAUUUUGCUGGUUGCUUGGUUACAGAUUAUUUGUUUAAUGAAGGAAUUACAGCUCAUUCUAUGACCUAACCAAACAAGUGGAUCUCGGUGUACAUGGUCAGCUUGAGAACAUUGAGGCUCAUUUAUCAACACUGGGCUGUUUACCCAUGGGCAGUAACCUAUAGCAACCAAUCAGUGAGUGGCUUUUUUUCAGCGAGUUGCAGGUAGAACAACAAAUGCAACAAUUUGAUUGGUUGCCAUGGGUUACUGAAAUUUGCCCAGUGUUGAUAAAUGACCCCCAUUGUGUUUAUGGCAUCUUUGCAGUUAUGGGAUCCAUUACCCCCAAAUGCUUAGAGCCUGGGAUUUUUCACAUAACAGGUGUUUGAAAUAGAAUAAUACGGCAGAAGGCAAUAUCCAGUAUCUGAACUUUAUGGAUAAUGGGUCUCAGGAUAACAGAUUCCAUACUACUAAAAAUAGAAAAUAUAAUGGCAUGGCUUAUUAUAUGCCCUGAAUCUCCCUGUAUGUUUGUAUGUUGAAGUGCCAGCUUACGUUUAGACAGCAUACAGUACAGUAGGAGGCAGCUAUAGUAUAUUUCCCCCUGGUUGCGUGGCAGAAUUAUUUACCGUUCUGCACAUUCCUCUGGCUUUGACUCUUUGUUUCCAUACAUUAACCCAUAAAGCUUUUAACAAUCCAGUUCCAGGAGCCACUCGUUUUAAGAAGGCAUAGUAUGAACUUUUAGCGCAAGUAAAAUACAAAGACAUGGCUUUUACAAUUAUGCCCACAACUGUAAUUGAUUGGCCUGACUCCAUGCCUAUUAGCCAUGCAUUGCAGUAGAACAUAUUUAAAUGGAUCUUAUUCUUCCCAGGAGGUCUGUACCAACAGCGUGGAGACCAAUGCUACUUUUGGGAGAGACCUGUAGCUGCCCAUACACAAACAAACAAUAACAUCUGAUUUGGCAACACCACCCUGUUGGUUGAACUAAUGACCCAUCACAUAGGAACCCAGUACAGACCAGUCAGGGAGACAGUCACAUACACAGCCCAGUGAUCUCUUCCUUUGCUCAUAUUUUCCAAUCUUCCCCAUCAAUAACUUACCCAGCCAAAUGUUGUCUUCUUGCCAUACACAGGCCAAUAAACUGCCAAUUUAGCUAGUGGCUGAGAUAGCAGCUGGCAAAGGACGGUUUUAGGCAUGGUAUGACAUGGAGCUGACAGCAAGUCAACGCUAGAGCUUUAAAUCUGAUAUGUUCCCUUUGUGUCAUUCCCAGAAUCGUGUGUAAAAUUAUUUACCUGCGGCUCACCUUUUGUGCUUGCAGGUUUAUAAAUAUGAAUUUAUUUCUGGCAGAUGGAUUGGCAGGUACGGUCGCAUUUCCUUGCCCUGAGGCAGCAAAGCCAAAUACCGUGGAAUGUGACUUGUGCACUCAGCCAGGAAGCUAGCAAGGUAGAACGUGGUGCACUGACAGAACCUGGACAGGGGCCCCUAGUGCUACUGCUUCCAUGGCACGAGAAAAAAUAGGCCCUGGCAAUUCAGUUACACAGCAGCCAAAACAACAGGCCCAAUAAAUAGUGUCUGUCUAUGGCAUCUUACAGCAGCCCCUACAGAUUAUAAAACUGCCAGUCCAGGCCAGCCUAUGGCACCCACCCACUGCAGCUCUUAUUUGUGUGGGUGAAUAGUCUUCUUUUUUUGAUAUAUAUAAGAAUGGGGUAGGGGGUACAGAAAUCAGAAAAGGGGUGAUGGUUAAAUGUCACAUCAUAUAUAUACAGUUGACAGGAUUAUGUAUUUGUUUCCUUGAUAAGUUGAGUUUGUUUAACAAUUAUACAGGUAGUUUCUCACAAUGCUAGCGGUCUUCUUAUGAAAUUCUAACCGGGCAUUUUGUUUCUAGACAAUGCGCAUGUGAACUGUUCCAAAAAUGUAUUAUAUUUAUGAUUGAUUUACAUUUCUAGUUAAUCUCAGUGUUUCCCUGUCUGUCUCCUUUAUUCAGUAAACACCUUUUGUGUUUCUGUGUAA